CUUCCGGCGAUUACCUCCUGCACUCCGCCCUCCAGCACUUCCGAAUCAAGGCCCAAUAUUCCAAUGCGUCAUACGCUCACAGGUGGAAGUGAGACAUUUCUGAGACCUUCACGCCUUGAAUGAGCGAUCAGGUGGUUUGGGGAUUUCUCUUUCUCUGACGGCACCUCCAUCUUUCUCAACAAUUUAAUCUCACUUUGCCUGACCGAUCGUACAAUGAGGCCUCAGACUCUACAGUAGGUGGACAAGAAAACUGGGGCUUGGGGCACUCUUCAACUCGAUUUCUCCAACAUGGAGGAUCCAAAACGUGUGCAACAUGGUUUCGAUCCGCCUGAGGACGUUCCUCAACACACAGAGGAUAAGGCUUGGGAUGAAGAUAAAAUCUCGAAAGUCGCUAGCUCCGACCAAUCUCCUCACAACAGCAUCGGCGAAGGAAAUGUCGACGCGGUCACCGAUACCGAGAAACAGAAGAUAGCCGAAGGGGCUGCGCACUUCCGAAGGUUGGGCUGGAAACGUCUGACUGUGGUGCUUGUUGUCGAGGCUAUCGCUCUCGGAGUCCUUACGCUGCCCACCUCUUUUGCAAUCCUCGGAAUGGUGGCAGGUACGAUUUGCUGUGUCGGGGUGGGCGUCGUCGCAAUAUAUGCCAGCUACCUUGUCGGGGAAACGAAGAUCGCACUUCCGAACAUCCACCACUACGGGGACGUCGGGACGUUGAUGCUGGGGAAAUUUGGCCGAGAGCUUUUUGGGAUUAUGUUUGUCCUGCAACUCAUUCUCGUUACGGCCUCCUACUGCUUGACUGGCACCAUUGCCUUUGAUGUUCUUACCAACAAUGCGACUUGCUCCAUGGUUUUUGGGAUUGUUUCGGCUGUGUUGCUGAUGCUUUUAGCCAUCAUGCCGUCGUUCACCGAUGCCGCUAUCCUUGGAUACAUCGACUUCGUCUCGAUUAUGGCAGCUAUUAUUAUCGCCAUCAUCGCCACAGGCGUCGAGGCAGCGAAUUCCCCCGGGGGUCUGGCGGGUGUCAAUUGGUCUGCGUGGCCCCGACCCGGCACGACCGUUGCAGAUGGGUUCAUCGCUGUGUCAAACAUCGUGUUUGCCUACAGUUUCUCAAUGUACCAGUUUUCCUUCAUGGACGAGAUGCACACGCCCCAGGACUACAUGAAAUCGAUCUGGACCCUGGGCGGCAUGGAAAUCGUGAUCUACACUCUCGUCGGCGCAUUGAUCUACGCCUUCGUCGGCGUAGACGUCCAGAGUCCCGCCCUUUUAUCGAUGAGCAGCUUGAUGGCCAAAAUCGCAUUUGGGGUCGCGCUGCCGGUGAUCUAUAUCUCCGGCGCUCUCAACAACACGGUCACAGCGCGAUAUGUUCAUCUGCGCAUGUACGAAAACUCCGUGGUCCGGUUCAUUAACACCCCCAAGGGCUGGGUCACAUGGCUGCUCGUUCUGCUGGCCAUCACCGUCUCUGCGUGGGUCAUCUCGGAAGUGAUCCCGUUCUUCAACGACCUUCUCGCCCUCAGUUCGGCCUUGUUUGUUUCCGGGUUCGUCCUUUAUAUCCCGGCCAUCAUGUGGUUCAUGUUCCUGCGCAAACGCGAAGACAAUGAUCGGAAGCGACUGCUGCACGACUUGUCAGCUGCGUUCCUGUUCUGCGUCGGGGUCAUUGUACUGGGUGGCGGAACCUAUGCAAGUAUCGUUGAUAUUAAACGCCAAUUUGACACGGGGGCUGUAAGGGGGGUUUUCACAUGUGCACCGAUGGCAUAAGCAAUUCUGCGCAAUAACUCGGUGGACCUUUUGAUAUUUCACGGCAUUGACCUCGAUGUACAUGACUUACAUUUUUGCACAUGCAUAGCUAGCAAUGCGCUAUACCACUGGG